CAAUAGUAAAGCACAUGAUUGUUUGUAAUAACAGUGUUGUGCUUGCUUUUAGCUCCUAUUUUUGUAUUUUGCAAUAACAUUUUGAAUUUCUCUUGGCAGUCCUGUCACUGUGUCAUAAAUUGGCCGAUCUCACAAAUACACAUCUAAUAACUGUUAUUUCAUACAAUUCACAGGGCUAACUGGCUGCAUGUUUGGCCCUUCUCCAGUAUUGAAAAUAAAACAAUGCAGCACAGUAAAAAACGGUAUAAUUAAGUUCAAUGUCCAUCCUUCAUUCAUGAGUUCUGACUCAUCUAUAUAAACAUUAACACUAAGUGCCAUUUUACAUUAACUCACUGAAUGCUGAUGCUCUCCCCACAAGUAACUUGAAUGUAAUCAAUCAAGUAUUUUAUUUAUUAACUUAAAAAUACAUGAAGAGGUAAUCACCGACAUAAAGCUCCCUGUCAGCAGCUAUUUCUUUCUCAUCUGCAAUAUUUUUUAUUGCUGUUGUCACAUUUUCCCCUGAUGUCUGUUUUUUUAGUUUACAUCACUGGACUGAUAAGCAAAGAUAUAUCCAAAUGUGCUAGGUAAAGCAACAGUAAUCACAUGUGGCUGUGCAACACAUAUGACAGCAGAAAUUAAGAUCCAGUGGAAAUUCAUCAAAUAACCAACACCUACUGAGUAACCUGGAGUAUAAAGACUCCUCCAAGACGUGUCACUAUGUCACUUCAUUAUAUAAUGAAUGGAGAUAUUUUGACAGCAGAAGGUCAGAGCACAGCAUCAAACCAACAGGAAAACCACAUUUUACGAUCACGAUAUUAUGGCUGACUACUGCAUGUCCUUGAUGGAUUAUUAACCAAAGUGAACUAAUCUUUACAGCCUGUUGAAAGAAUCAGAGUAGACCAGACCUCCUGAGGAGAUGUAGCUGAAGUAUCUCAUUGUUGUACAUUCAGUUGGAGUUGAUUGUUGGGAAGACAAGAGAGGACUAAAACCUUAAACUUUCUGUUUUUUUCCCUAUUCUUUGUUGAAGGGAAGUGCAGCUGAUUUAAAUACGUCUAACAGGUGACAGAGUCCGAAAGCAUUGAAAAGUAUUUUUCAAGCUGUCUUUAGUGUGCAUGUUUGCUCUCUGUAUUGGUAUAUGUGAUUAUUUCUGGAUAAUUUAGAUGGAAGAACAUUAACUUAAAAUCCUUCUGAAUCUAAGCAAGAUCAGAGAGAAGUGUUGGUAAAAGGAAGCUUCUUGUGCUGAACUAACCAUGGCUGGUACAGGUGGUCCUGUGGCCACUUUCUCUGUGUGGGAUUAUGUGGUGUUUGCUGGAACUAUCUUGGCAUCAGCCGCCAUCGGCCUUUUCCAGGCCAUCCGAGGCCGUAAGGAGACCAGCAGCAAUGAAUUUCUGCUGGGUGGACGUCAAAUGACAGCUGUGCCUGUUGCCAUGUCGCUCACUGCCAGCUUCAUGUCUGGCAUCACAGUCAUUGGCACACCUACAGAGGCCUACCGGUUUGGAGCCGCCUUUUGGCUCUUUGGUUUUUCCUAUGCCAUCAUGUCAGUCAUCACUGCUGAGAUCUUUGUCCCGCUUUUCUAUAGACUGGGGAUCACCAGCGCCUAUGAGUACCUGGGACUGCGCUUCAGCCAGCACAUUCGGAUAAUUGGGACCUCAAUGUACAUCGUACAGACGGCCUUGUACACCGGUUUGGUCAUCUAUGCUCCAGCUCUGGCACUAAAUCAAAUCACAGGACUUGAUCUAUGGGGAGUGCUGGUGGCUACAGGAGUGGUGUGCAUCAUCUACUGCACUUUGGGCGGUCUUAAAGCAGUAAUCUGGACAGAUGUGAUACAGAUGGUGACCAUGCUGGCCGGUUUUGUGGCUGUCAUAGCUCGUGGAGCUGUACUGCAGGGAGGCCUGACAAAGAUUUGGGAAGACGCCGGCCAAGGAGGCCGAUUAUAUGCGUUUGAUUUUGAUCUAGAUCCUCUGAAGCGACAUACUUUUUGGACCAUUACAGUCGGUGGCAGUGUGAUGUGGACGUCUAUCUAUGCAAUAAACCAGUCCCAGGUGCAGCGUUACAUUUCCUGCAAAACCUUGGGACAUGCCAAGAUGUCUUUGUAUGUCAACAUGGUUGGCUUGUGGAUAACUGUGAGUCUGGCUGUGUUUUCUGGCCUUACAAUGUUCUCCAUUUACAAGGACUGUGACCCACUUACAAACGGUGAUAUAAGCACACCUGACCAGCUGCUGCCCUACCUUGUGAUGGAUAUUCUGGCAGAUUACCCUGGAAUACCUGGCUUGUUUGUGGCUGCAGCAUACAGUGGUACCCUUAGCACGGUGUCUUCCAGCAUUAACGCUCUAGUUGCUGUGACUGUGGAAGACUUUCUUCAACCCGUGUGCAAAAACCUCACACAGAAACAGGUGACCUGGAUGAACAUGGGCCUGAGUGUAUUCUUUGGUGCCCUUUGUAUUGGAAUGGCUGGAGUUGCUUCACUGAUGGAAAGCAUUUUGCAGGCAGCUCUGUCCAUAUUUGGCAUGAUCAGUGGGCCUCUUCUUGGUCUUUACUUAUUAGGCAUGCUAUUCCGCACAUCAAAUUCAAUAGGUGGACUUGCAGGAAUGAUCAUUGGUCUAGUGUUGACUUUGUGGGUGGGGAUUGGAGGCCAGAUUUACCCACCAACAGCUGAAAAGACAAAUCUUCUCCUAUUCUCCACUGCAGGCUGCAACAGUACAAUGAGCCAAAACUACACGACGACAAUCAGUCCCGUGACUCUGACCUCACAGCCUGAUAUCAGGCCUCCUCUGGCAGACUCAUGGUACUCUCUGUCCUACGUCUACUUCGCCCUCUUGGGUACACUGACCACAAUCGUGUCGGGUCUGCUCGUGAGCAUGAUGACUGGUGGAUGCAAGCAGGAAACAAAGAACGCUGAUCUGUUUGUGAAGAAGAGUGAUCUGAUCUGCUUCAGCUGGUGUAGUAAAUCAGAGGCAUCAGACGUCACAGAAAAGGAUGCAACUCACUUUCACAUGGAAGCGGACAACCCAGCGUUCACAGAGUCUGAUGAGACGAGUAAACAUGCUGAAAAAGGCACCAAACUGUAAAACUACUAUAUCAAUACACUGUUCCUUUAUGAACACAUUAAUAAAGUGUCACAAUUGUUUUGCUACCGCAUCACCAAGGUGUGUUUGAUUUGCAAAAACAAAUUGUGUGUGCCUACUUAUGUUCAUUUGAAUUAUGAUGGUGAACUUUAAAAUACAAAAUAAAUCGGAUCUCACAUUGAGCAGCUGAACAGCUCAAAGUGAACUUUAAAAGGAUGUAACUCAAACUCCCAAACUUGUCUGUUUAUGUUGCUAAAACAAAAAAAUCUAUAGCAGGAAAAUGUUAUGCAACAUUUGGUGGUAUGGUCCUUUAAAAAAAGCAGGACGUCUCAGUUGUUGUAGUGUUUUUCAGAACAAUAGGUGAAAAGCCAUUUGAAAUAACAAGGUCACUACAUCUUUUGCCCUACACUCUUUGAGCUGCUCCCAUUUCCUGUUUAGCAGUGAUGUGGCAACACUGUUUUGCUUUUAUUGCUCUUUGUACAAUUGUUUUUCCUGAUAAUGGCUGCCAGCUCUACAUUCUCUACUUGAACAUUGUCCUCUUUUAUUAAUUCAUGCUCACACAGUCCGGCACACUGGAAUAAUGUUUGUUAUUUUACAGUAUCUAUACUAGCUUUUACUGUUUCGAAGAAAAACUAGGUUAUUUGUUUUUGAGUUUUUUUUUGUGUAUUGUAUUAUUAUUUUAUGCAGAAAAUGUGCACACUUUAUGAACUAACUGUAUGAACUAGUCACAAAUUAUACUUGUUAAUAAAUAUUUUGUACAAA